AUGCUCUCAAUCCAGAGGAAAUUAAGGACACUACAAUAUCAUUCUCCCGAACACUUCUCUUUAAAUAGCGAGGAGGAUGUCAAGAAUAUCUUGAACUGGCUCGAAAACCAGAAAAUCAGAUAUUAUAGCACUGAAGAUAGAGGCGUGCUGCAAGGUGAAGACUGGAGAACGAACUCGGCUUCGUAUCUCAAACAACUCAAAUGUCCGUAUGGGUUUGAGAAAUAUCAAAAUGCAGCUUUGGAUUGGCUAUUGAACUAUGCUAUUAGAUUGGAAUACUCUGAUAAGAAGGACAACAUCAAUGAGCGAGCAGCUAAGUUGAGGAUUACGGAGGAUGAGGAUUGUGCUGCACUUGACGUGAAUAGUGUUCAGUUUAAAAACAGUGUAAACAUGCUCAGAGAUUUCCUCAGAAUACCUCCCCAUCACGACUAUUUACAGGUUUUGAAAGCCUGCAGGAUUCUCAUAGAAAAGCGACUUAGCCCCGGCGCAGUGAAACGCACUGGGGAUAAGAUGACACUUGGUUCCGCCGAGAUCGGUUUUGACCUCGGAGAGAAAAGUUCCAACGAAGCAGGAAAAGCUUUGCGUCUUCUCCACAUCGAGGAUUUAAGAUUGUUGCAGACCCAGAUCAACGAGGCAAUAGUGGCAGCUCAGUCUCAAACUGCAGAUCCUAAGACUGACACAACCCUUGGGAAAGUGGGCCGAUAAAUACGUCUGCUACCUGUUACCACGGUAACACAGUGGAAAUACGUCUGUUUUGCUUUCUUUUAUGUUUCACAUGUUUUCAUGUUUUGUGCCCUCAGUUAAUAGUUUUAUGUUUCAUAUUUUUGGGUAGUUUUCACCGACUCGAUGAAUGUUUAUUAGUUAGUCGAUACAACAACUGAAAUUUAUCUAUUCGUGUUAUUUAAGUUGACGUUAAAGUUUUUAGUUUAUUUUAUUUCUUUUCAUUUUCCAUCA